AUGAAGUUCUUCGCCACCGCCGCUCUUCUUCUGCCAGCCAUGGCCUGGGCCCUCCCGCAGCCCAUUGCCAACGGUAUGAUAUCGAGAAAGAUCCUCUUUUUGAACGAAGAUGAGCGCAUACUGAUGCUUUGAUACCACAGAGCAAGGCCUUGACGUUCGUUCCUACGAGCUUGACGCUCGUGACUACGAGCUUGACGCUCGUGCCCCAGAGCUUGACGAUGAGCUUGACGAUGAGCUUGACCGUCGUGCUGAGAGCACUGUCGCCGACACGACGUCGACCGACAAGACGUCGACCGGCAAGACGUCGACCGACAAGACGUCGUUCGACAAGGGCGACUUGAUUCUGAAGUUGCUCCGCGAGAAGAAGAUCACCAUCGAAGACGUCCAUGAGGAUUAUGAGAAGUACGAGAAGGAGGAGAAGGAUGCGAAGAAGGAUGCGAAGAAGGAUGACAAGAAGACGGAGAAGACCGACAAGAAGAAGGACGACAAGACUACCACUACCACUACCACCUCCACGGGCCUCGAGAAGCGCGGCAAGGUUCCCGGUCUUCACUGCGGCUUCAAGCGUGCUUUCAAGUGCCUGGAGCACGCCGCCGGUACCAUUAACGGCUGCGUCUGGGCUGCUAUCCACAAAGGAAAGGGUACGUCUACCAUGAGCGUUCUUCACCUAUUUACACAAGGCGCAUCCACUGACAUGACCAACCCUUUCAGAUGCCCAGGAUGACUCGAGCUGCGUCGCCGCCGUUAUUGCGAUUGGAUCUCUCUUGCCCGCCGACUGCGCGCUCUGCCUCAAGGGCCACCUCUAA